AUGGCUAGUAUCAUAGUAGAAGAGGGUGAGAUGUUUGUAUCUCAUGACGUAGUGUCACUUUUCACUAACACUCCAGUGCCAGAGACUCUCAACAUCAUCAAGGAUAGACUACUUGCUGAUACUGACCUCAAGAACAGAACCAAGCUCCAAGUGGAGGACAUUAUGGAGUUGUUAACAUUCAUAGUCACCACCACUUAUUUCAGUUUUAGAGGAAACAUUUACCAACAACGGUUCGGUACAGCGAUGGGAAGCCCCGUCUCCCCGGUUCUAGCUAACCUCUUCAUGGAAUGGCUAGAACAGCAGGCCAUGGCCACAGCUCCGGUGAACUGUAGGCCGAAACUUUGGAAGAGAUACGUGGAUGACAUCAUGGAAAUUAUAAGACAGGGGACACAACAUGAACUUACCGACCACCUAAACUCCAUAGACCCCACGGGUAGUAUCAAGUUCACCCAAACUAGGAGCAAAACAGUGGUCACAGAGGAAACAGACAGACAACAAGAGGUCAAACACAUCAAACAAGCCCUGUCACUCUGUGGUUACCCAGACUGGACUUUCAAAAGAGUGCAACAUCAGUCCAACAAACCCAAACCCAAGAAAGAAAAGAAGAAAGAAGAACAGAAGUCUAAGGGCAUGAUCAUCAUACCUUAUGUCAAAGGCAUUACAGAGACACUUGAAAGGAUCUUCAGAAAACAUGCCAUUGCCACGGCAGUUAAGCCCAAGACCACGCUCAGAAACUUGUUGGUGCAUCCCAAGGACAGACUGGAAGACUCCUCUAAAACAGACUGUGUCUACAAGAUUCCGUGCAAAAGUUGUGACAAGGUGUACAUUGGAGAGACGGGCAGGACUUUCAACACCAGACUUGAAGAACACAAAAAGGAGGCACAAAACAGCAAAGGCAUUGGCACCUUAGAGCAGCUGUUUGCCCAUCCCGACAUUUUAGAACAUCUGUUUGAGGAAGCCGAACAAUUUUGA